CAUGCAUUGCGUAAUACAUAGCACUUGACUCUAUAUCAAAGUUCUACAGGAUGGUGAUAUUUGAAACCAUUAACCAGGAAAAAAUUGAACUUGAUCCUGCUAUAGCUAGAUACAUGUCUCUCAGCCAUAUACUCUCUGGACUUAUUUAACACAGGGAAGUUUUUCUCUGGUGAAAAGGAAGAGGAUGUGCCAUAUGUAUGAUAUAAAUUACAGCUAGUCCUUGAAAAAUAAUUCCCUCCCAGACUUUGUGAGCUGCAACAUGAGCUAUUUUUAAACUUUGAAAAUUUUCACUGAAUGUUGAAAAUUUUGUUCUGAACCUCGAUCGGCAUGUGAGUAACAACUAACAUUUGGACAUUGUUUGGAGUUUUGGUUUAUAUAUUAUAAUAUUUUGUUGUUUUUCUGUCGAUGUAACAAUAAAUGGAUGAACAACAACAACAAGACGACUCAAACUGCCCAAUUUGUGCUUAUCAGUUUUCAACUCCAGAUAAAGUUCCGAAAAUUCUACCCUGCUCUCACACGUUCUGCAGUCCGUGUAUUGACAACAUUAUAGCUGCUACUCCUUCAAAUUCAGAUUCCUCCGUCAAGUGUCCAAUCUGCAGACAGGACGUCUACAUUCCGAAAGAUGGAGUUCAAGGAUUCUUUGACAAUUAUUUUAAAUCCGCGCCACAACAAGAGGAGACGUGUGAUAUUUGCGGAGCAAGGGAGGUACGAAAACUGAAGCACUGUCAUGAGUGUAACAGCAUCCUCUGCAGCGGUUGCCACAAAAGUCAUCAUCACAAGGAUGAGAAAAAAUUUGGCGAUUUCGACGAGGACAGCGACGAAGAAAACGAUGGUCAUCGAGAUUUGCGAAUUCUUCGAAGAAUUGGAAAUGCUUACAGGAGUACCGUGAAGUCUGCGUUCUUCGCUUACCUUAGUACGUCAUUCAAAUGCAAUAAUUUUGAGCGUAUUCGAAAGAUAAUUCCAGACGACAAAAAUGAGUGCUGGGUUUUAACAAACAGACCCUUCGUUGCCAAGUUUUCCCGUAAUGGCCAGGAGAUGUACAGAAAAUAUGUCGAAAAUGUACUCCAGGACAUAGCUCGAUUUAGUGAUGGUACACUUGUAUUAGCCUUUUCCAGUGGUGAAAUUCUGUUGCUGAACGAUCAACAAGAACUAAGGUUUGUAACAACCACAGAAAACAGCGUUCCCAUCUCGUUAUACGCGUACGAUGAUGGUCGUCUGCUGAUUGCAACGCGUCGUCACUCUGAUAACACACAUUUAAACAACAGUGGUCUAUUUAUCACAGACCAAAUGUUGAAGAAGAUCCAACCACUGGAUGUGAACCUUGAGCUUCAUGAGGUAUCAUCUAUGACUGUUAAUGAGAAGACCGGACAGAUCGCUCUCUGCGAAACGACAAAGAAGUGCGUAUUUUUUAUAGACAGUACGACACUAUCGACAGUCAAAAAAUUGAAGUAUCCUAAGAAAUAUACUGGGAAGAGGGGGCUCAAAAGACUUGAGCAAUCGGAUGAUAGUAUAAAUAUCACGAAUAGCUACCCCUUUCAACCACGGUCAGUUGCAAGUGACCAGAAUGACAACUACUACAUUUUGGACGCAGGGACAAACCUAAUCCAUGUUGUCGACGAAGAGGCAACCUUUCAAUCUAUAGUUCUAGCCAACAUGUCUGGCAGUAUAAGUUGUUUCAACGUGGAUUCACAUGAAAAUUUGUGGAUAGGCGAUAUUUCUGGCCAGAUUAGAGUGUUCAGAAUGGAACGCUACAAUUUCCUUGGGCCAGAGGAAUCACGUGGUAUAGAGGUGCCGCUUGGUGGUACAUUGUCUAUGGACGACCUCAGAGGGCUCGGCGUGCUACGAGUUGGGGGGUCGAGCUCGGGAGGGUUGGAACUCCCAGACGGGUUUGAUCUCGGUAGUGGACUAAGGGACAUGUUGACUGGUUCGUCGUCAAGUCGGGAGGAGUCGACUCGAAUUCGAGACAAUUUCAUCAGAAAUACGUUUUAACCCCAAUCACCCCAGCCCCAGUGUGUAAAUAGAAUUUGGACAUGCAACUUUAUUAAAAGAACGAACUUUAUUAACUUAAAGAGUGCUUAUCUGCAAGCCAAGUGAUUAAAACAGAAAUGUUACAUUUUUUCACAGUAUUGCAGCAUGUAAUCCAAAAUCUAAGUUUCUAUUUAUAGAUACUUCCUGGAAGUGGAAAGCGACAAUAUAGACUUUUUUGGCACAUUUUUCUUCCGUUAUUCUACGCUGCAAAGAUGAUCUAUAAUAUGAAACAAUGUGCCGAAGAAGCACAUCGAGCGUAACUGUUUCCUUGUGAGUAUAAGAGUCUGAAUGGCUGCAUUGCAAAAGCAAGAGAUUGCAAUCGAUCUAAACCAUGCUAAACUCCAAAACAUAAAAAGACAGACUUUGGAAUUGAAUUCCUCUUUAUUUAUUUAAACUCAACAAGGAGCUACUAAAAUCGAACUGACAUAAUUCUAGAAUCUGAAUUGUUAGCAAUAUUAUUGACAAUCAGUUUUCAUGUAUUAAAAGUGCCAUUCAUGCAGUCUCGAAGCUAAAUCCUGGUUUUGUCACAAAAAGGGAAGAAAACAAAACAGAAACUUUUUUGUAACAAGAUGAUUAAUUAUCUAAGGACAAAUUGAAAGAAAUAAAUUAAGAAAUCCAUCAGUGCAUAGUUGUGUCUUCCUUUUUUUUCUAAAAAACAAAACAAAA